GCAUGAAGGCGUCGGUGAAAGAUGUGUGAGCAAGCAGCGCGUUACUGCCGCGAGAGCGUCCACAGGCUGCUCCGCCAGCAGCCGCAGCCGGCGAGCGGAAGAGGGCUGGACGGGCUGCUGCGCUGGGUGGUCACCAAGAUGAGCGACGGCAAGAGCCCCCUGCCCGAGCGGGAGCUGCUGCCCGAGGGCCCCGCGGCCGCCGGCGCCGAGCAGAAGAAGGGCACCUCCGUCAUCCUGGACAUCUUCAGACGAGCAGACAAAAAUGAUGAUGGGAAAUUGUCCUUGGAAGAAUUCCAGGCCUUCUUUUCCGAUGGGACUCUUAAUGAGGAGGAGUUGGAGAAACUUUUCCAUACCAUCGAUUCUGACAACACCAGUAACGUGGAUACCAAGGAGUUGUGUGAUUACUUUGCUGACCACAUGGGAGAUUAUGAAGAUGUGUUGGCAUCCCUGGAAACGCUCAAUCUCUCCAUUCUGAAGGCCAUGGACUACACAAAACGGGUCUACGAACGAGGAACAAACGUGGACCAGUUUGUCACCCGUUUCCUGCUGAAAGAGACGGCCAAUCAGAUUCAGUCCUUGCUCAGCUCCGUGGAAAGUGCCGUGGAUGCCAUCGACGAACAAACCAGCCAGAUAAGACACAUCCACAAUAAAUCUGGCCACAAUGCCAUGGACAGUUGGUAUGACAAUCCCGUGUCAGGUUAUUCUCCCAAUAACAGAAUCAUGACUAAAGAACGCAGGAAAAGUUUCCAGACUGCAUCUUCAGACACCAAGGAGGAAUGCUUGGAAGCACAAAUCAACAGAUUAGCAGAGUUGAUUGGAAGGCUGGAAAACAAGACUCUUUGGUUUGACCUGCAUCAACGGCUGUCAGACAGUGAAAACACAGCAUGUGCAUAUCUUCUCUUGGUACGAAGCGAAAUGACUGUUUCCCAGAAACACCUGGGAGAAUUCUGUCCCUCCCUGAAGCAGUACUUGAAGACCGUGGCUGGAGAACAGGACUGCUUCCACGUAACUGCGGUCAGGCUUCCCGAUGGGGUCACUUUCAUUGUCUACGAAUUCUGGGAGAAUGAGGAUGAUUGGAAGAGCUGCCUGGUGCACCCUCAACCGAGACUGAAUUGGAGGAGAGAGUGCCCCAAAGGGAAGUUCAGAUGGGUCUCCUUCUCCUCGCCUGGCCGGUGCCAACGUCCUUUCCUCUCUUUGGUAGAGAAGCACACUCUUACCUUUUCUAAUAACUUUGUUACCAGUGUCGUUUCUUCUCCUUCCUUUCCUUCCAAUGCAUUUCUGCCUAGAAAUGAGAUUUGUUUGCUCUUUGAAGUGGAGGAAGGAACAACAAGAAGUCUUAACUAUCUCCCAACUAGGCCAUGGCCAGCAAACCAUUUUUUCCUCCCCUGAGCUAUAUACCCCAAAUAUUGUUCUGGUCUGGUAACCACCAGAGAUGAGGGCUUGAUUGCAAGUCCCAGAGAUGCUUUUCCAAGAGGCAACUAGACUUUCUGGUAAGUCUUUGAAGACGUUUUGCUUCUCAUCUAAGAAGCUUCUUCAUGGAUGGUGGGGAAUGGAAGACUGUGUAUACAACACAGUUCUUUCAGCAGUUUCAAGAAGACUCCACACCCAUUUGCACUACUCAAGUGAUCCUGAGGACACAGAUAAACCUCCAAGUGGCCUCAGUGGCUCUCUGAAAGGAUGCAAAUGACCAGCUGUCUGCAAGAAGUAUAAAUCCUUCCAUUCCCCACCAUCCAGUCAGAGCUGAAGAAGCUUCUUGGAUGAGAAGCGAAAUGUCUUUAAAGAAAAGACAAGAAAGUCCAGUUGCCUCCUGAAAAACAACCCUGACCUGGAGGAAUGAGAAUCUGUAUAGACUUCUAGCUUGAUUGCAAGCUUUCAUAUAGCACUGCUGAAAAUUUAGCAGGUGUUUCCCCAAGGGCAUUCAGAGUUUCACCAAGGAAAGUUUUUUUUCCCCCCUGACUAGAUGGUUUGUGAUGGCCUGCCUUAACAAUCUGGCCUGGUUCAGACCACAGUGAAGUAGCAUAUCCAGUGAUCUGCAGUGGGGGAAAGGCUAUCUCUUCCUGUUGUUGUUUAGAAAAUAAAAGUUAAAUAUUUUUAAUGCCCCAUAUGAGAACCCCUUUCCUGCUCCUACUUCACUAUCAGAGAUUUCCCCACCCCCCACCCUUGAGAGGGUGGUGCGAAAGCCCUAUGGUUUAUGCUCAUGAGGCUAAAGGAGGGUGGAUUCUUCCAACUUCCUUAAGAAGCUUAAUUCUUCCUUCUGGGUUCAGUGGAUCAAAGAACUCUAAGGAACAUAUAUUGUCAUUUCCUUGGGAAUCCCAAUAUUCAAUUAACUAGGAACUCAGUCCCGCUUUAAAUCCAAAGCACUGCAUAGAUAGACUUAACAUAGCAAUGCACGGCUGUUGAUGGUUUGCUUAGAUUAUUCCAUUUAUAAAAGUAUUAACUGGUAUUCCAUAAAACAAAGGUUUCCAACUAUUUCUUGGCCUGCUUAGAAACACAGUUCUCUCUCCACCCCACAAUGAUGGUUUCCUAGUGGCCCAUAUUCUUUGGGGGUUAAAUGGACCAGUAGAUUGGAUCAGAUUUAACCUGAAACCAUUGAUUCGAUUCAAAUUAUCAAAAGUGGUCAGGUCCGAAUUGUCAGUUUGGUUUGGAUCUCUGAAUCCAUUCAGAUUUCUGAAGUGGGAGGUCUAAAGUUAAGUAGAUACAAUUUUUAAAAACUUGAUCUGGUUUGAACAAAAAAUGGCCAUUCUUUGCAUUUAUCAAUAGCAUUCAAUAGAGACGACGUUGAAAGUCAACCACAAAUGCAGAAACUCAUUUAGAUUGAGAGAUUCAAUUGCACUGCAUUUCUGAAUGGAUUCUUUAUGAACUCAACAAAGUGAGAGAAAGCCAGAAUAGAUUAACAAAAGGAUCUCAGCCAGACUCAAAUCUAGAUUAAAAACUUAUUGCAUCUUUCGUUUUUAGCAUCUUAUCUGUAUGUAUUUCUCUCAGCACUGACAUGAAGACGAAAUACAGUAACUAGAAACUGAGCUGGUCUACCUAAAUUUGUUUUUUCUAUUCAGCUUAACCUGUAAAAAAUAGAAGUAAGCUGCUAAGACCACAGUAGCUGGCUUCUUCCUUCCAAGCAAACCAACAAUGGGAGUUUGGCCAAGCAGUUUUCAUCUAGGUAGGGAUAGAUGGCUUGCUGUCACUCAACCUCUGUGACUUAGAGAGGAAUGGCAGUUUGAUUGUGGGUGAAUCUCUACCAGAGGUCCUCAUUCAAUCUUCAACUUCUAGCAAACUUACAGAGUUUGUCUUCUUUAUCUUACAGGAUAAAAAAAUAACUCCUACAUUUCUUUUUAGGGUGGUUAGCAUCAAAGCAUCCAUGGCAUAAAUUUCACAUUAUUUCCUUGCAUAAAGGGGUGAGCAACUAUCUUUUGACCCCGUGAGAUGUAAUUUCCUUGGGAGUAAAUUUUUUUAGGCCAUAUACUUGGGAAAUGGAAUUGAGGCAAAGAGUAAGCAGAGUAGGGCAGAAGGGGGGGGGCAUGUAGUCUUUCCGAUAUGCCCACCCAGUGGUGUGCUGGUAAAUGUAGAACUGGCUGUGCCAGCCCCAUGGCAUUAAUUUCAUCUUAAUGAAACGUACAUGAAAAUGAGAGUGGAAUGAAGUUUAAUUUUGCCCUGACAAUUCCUAUCUUUUGGAAUAUGGUCUACAGCAUUCCAUUCAAAGCUGAGUGCUACCACUAACUUUCCAAAAGUUGUGUGUUCCUGGUUGCUGACAUCAAAAACGAAAAGGAAUGAAAAAAAGAGAGGAAGUUCUUACUUGUACUUACCUGGUAAGUACAAUUACCUGGUAAAGAUAUGAAAAGUCAUUUCUCCUAACUAUAUCCCUUGGCCUUCAUCUCAAGCUUCCGUCUGUUGAAUACAUCCUUCCUCCCCACUAAAUUGUUUCCUUCAUGAUAGAGACCAGAGGGAGGAUCUGCUGGCAUCCUAUUUCCCCAUCUCCCUUUUGCUGCCAUUGAGUACAUGGAAGGCUGAAAGAACCAUGCUACUCAUCUUCAGCAUCAGUGGCUCUAGAAAGUGUAUACUGUGUAGGAAGAUAGGUUGGAUAUAUUCUUCAUGCCACGCCACUAACCAUCAAACACCAUCCGUGGCAUGCUGGCCAUUCCAUUUCUUCUCUGCUCUCAAGCAACUCACAAAAUUCCAGGAAAUUCCAGCCAAAUUCAACAUAUUACUGCACACAUCCUCUCAUUUCAUUUUCCGUUUCUAAGGUCCCUUCUCCUUGUCCCAUAGGUGCUUUUUCAAAAAGCAACUGGAUUUUCUUGAUUUUCUUUUUCCCAUUGAAAACAUUUUGCUUCUCAUCCAAGAAGUUUCUUCAGUUCAGAACUGAAGCAGCUUCCUGGAUGACAAGCAAAAUGAAAAGAAGGUUCUGGAGAGACAUGACAGCUUGUCUUCCAAGGGCUGUCACAGAGAAGAGAGCAUUGAUUUAUUAUCCAUAGUAUUUGAGGGAAGGACAAGAAGCAACGGUGGAAGCUCAUCAUUCAACCUAGAAAUAAGGAGGAAUUUCCUGACAGUAAGAAUGAUUAAUCAAUGGAAAAGCUUUCCUCUUGGAGUGGUGGGUUCAGGACAGUGGUGGGAUUCAUAUAAUUUAACAACUGGUGCUCUGCCAUAAUGACUGGCUGGUGGCCGUGGGCAUGGACAGGGGGUGUGACAGGCAGCACUCGGCAACCCCCAGCCCCAUUUUGGGCCUAGGCCUCCCAGAAGCUUCCUGGGAGUGAAAAUGGGCUGCAGGGGGGCGCAUCCCCUUCCGCACCCGUUUAGGGCCUAGUAGGCCUCCCUGCCUGGGAGCCAAAAUGGGGUGGGUGGGGACUCCAGGAAGGGAAGGGAAGGGGCCAGCCAGCAAUUUAUCUACCCAUUCGCCCAAACCGGCCUGAAGUGGCUGAAUCCCACCACUGGUUCAGAACUGAAGAAGCUUCUUGGAUGAGAAGCAAAACGUUUUCAAGGAAAAAAACAAAAAGUCCAAUUGCCUUUUGGAAAAGCACCUUUAGAGCAACCAUUACCUAAAUGAUUGAGAAUCUCCAUAACAUCCUCUUCUCUUUGUCCACCAAACCAUUUAUUCCAACAGGUUGGUACUGAGUAUUCUUGCAGAAUCUGAACCAAUCAGAAUCGAUUCCAAGGUUUUUUUUUUUUUAAAAAUUAGUAAUAAGAGCUGCAUGAGACCCUUGGAGAAACCCACCACCCAUCUUGCCUUAUUUCUGCCUGACCAUUGAGUUCUCCCACUUUAACACUGUUGCAUGAAUCAAUCAAAAUAAGCCUUGAUGUAUUUAGACUUAUCUUCCCCUCCCCCCCCAUACUAUAGAAAAAGUAGCACUAUGUUACUUUGCCAAAUAAUGCACAUUUUCUUUUCCAAACCGAAAACGUCAUUUCUAACAAGACUGAAGCAGGCAAGUUUUUCAUAGAACGAGAGAGUUCCCCACCCCCUCCAAUCCUCACCUCUUUCUCUGGGCAAUGUGGCUCAUAUAUCUUCAUUUUGACUGUAACCUUUGAUAGCUGAUGUGUACUGUUUUAGAAAUAAAAUGAUGUAGCUCCCAAGCUUAGCACGGACGGCACAGUAUCAGUGUUAGCAAACAUAUAGGAAAUUUUAAGAUAUAAAUAUGUGCCAUUGUGUACAAUUUUAUGACUAAGUACAGAUAACCAAAUAAAAAGGAAAAGAUUAAAAGAGA